CAAAAGCUCAACGAUGGCUUGAGAUUGUGAUGUUCAAGCAGGCGUUACUCAUCCCAUUGCUUUGAUUUAGCCUCGUAUGAGUUGAAAGCCCCUCAAGAUACUCAGCGAAGCACAUCACUUUGUUACUAACUUCAUCGGGAAGCCUUUGCGCCACUGAUCAGAUAUAGAACCAAAGUCUAACCUGCAAAAAAGGGGAUCAGACAAAAGUCGCUGCUGAGCCGCGGUUCAGACCCUGGCGCCCUUAGUCAUGCUUCUGUUAUCAACCCCUCCCCGGAUUCUUCUCCUAUCUUACCCCUCACGAACGUCGAUCGUCUUGAAUGCCACCAUCACUUUACUCCUACAAAGCGACAUGAUAUUAAUCUCCAUCUCAGCACGCUGUACAGACUUCUUAUACCAUCCGCACCAUCUAGCAGCAAAAUGGCUUCCCCUGAAACCUACGAUGUAACCAUCAUUGGCGGCGGCCCCGUUGGCCUGCUCCUCGCCUACCAACUCAGCCGCUUCGAACUUUCAGUCUGCAUUGUGGAAAAGCAAGACAAAAAUAGUCCAGAGGGCCGCUACGGCCGCGCCAUCACCCUAUUCCCACGGACGCUGGAACUCCUCGAUCAAUUGGACUUGGUCCAUCCAAUGCUUCAACAGGGAUUUGCUUGCAGAAGUAGUGUGACAUACAAAGAUGGAGUGCGACAGUUUCCAGGAAAAGUAUGGACUUUCAUGGAGAAUAUCCAAGGAACAGUGUUUGAUUUUGCCCUCGUGCUAAGGCAAAUGUACACCGAGGAUAUAUUGAGAAAGAGGCUAGAUAAGGAAAAGGUUACUUAUCAUGGUUCUAUGGAGUGUGUUGCCUUUGAAAUUGGUCUGGACGGUAGUGAAUACCCGGUGACUGUACGUUGCUCAGGACCUGGUGGCAUGAUGACAGUAAAAAGUAAGUACCUUGUUGGAGCAGACGGUGGCCAUAGUCUCGUUCGCAGAUAUGCCAAUAUUCCCUUCGAUGGUGAUUCAUCAGAAGAUCAGUGGAUUCGUAUCGAUGGCAUAGUAGAGACGAAUAUGCCCAUAAAUCGGGCCUAUGGGGCCAUAGAAACAACAACACAUGGGAAUGUCCUCUGGGCCCCUCUUGACCACGGCGCUACCCGUAUCGGCUACGCAUACACACCCGAGAUAGCAGCCAAAUACCCGGAAGGAGUAACAGAGGAAGUUGCUGUGAACGAAGCAAUUGCGUGCUUGCGGCCUUUUAAUUUAAAGUUCAAGGAAGUGCAUUGGUGGACAUUAUACAAAAUCGGCCAGCGCAUGGCUCGAACUUUUGCAACGCACAACAAUCGCGUCUUCAUCUGCGGUGAUGCAGCCCACACCCACAGCAGUGGUGCCGCUCAAGGCCUGAACACUGGUAUCCAUGAUGCCGUGAACCUCGCAUGGAAGCUGGCUUUGGAGGUGCACGGACUAUCUCAUCCCGAGGUCUUGGACACCUACACAACCGAGCGCCAGUCCGCCGUGCAGAGGUUACUCAACUAUGAUAGAGACAUCUCUCUAUUGAUGACGCAUAAAUGGCCGGUUUGGUAUGAUGGGGAUCGAAGCGCGGAUCCGAAUAUUCUUCUCGGAGAGAUAUUCCACGAUGCUGCACCAUUCAACACGGGUCUCGGUAUAAGCUACGAGGCCAACGUGAUCAACCAACCCUUGGAGCCAUCUGCCGAGGUGGCUAUUGGAGUUCAACCGGGGAGUCGGGCUCCGGAUACCGAGUUGACCAUGCCAGGGACAUUCCAGUCUGUGCGGAUGCACCAAGUUCUGCGGAACCGGUGCCAGUUUCUUGCGGUAGUGUUUACAGGAGGUGAUAUUGAGACAGCGAAGUCGGAUUUACUUCCUCUUCGGGAGUACUUGGAUAGCCAUCCAGAGCUUUCAAUGCACCCGGCCAUUGCCUGGCUAACAGUGUGCGGCUCAGCCGGCUGCUCGCCGUACGAGGUGCUCGGGAUGACGGGUUUCGGCGAUACCUACUUCGACGCGAGGGGGAUAGCACACAUCGCCUACAAACUGGAACCACGCAAAGGAAGACUCGUAGUGAUCCGACCGGACGGGCUGAUAGCAUUCACAUGUACAUUAGACGGAGAGACGAUCCGGCAGCAUUUUUUCCGGAUACUGAAGAGCCAGCCAGAGAAGACCUGCUCUUGA